GUCGCAUCGGAGGCGCCUCGCCAGCACGAAGCGCUCCGAUUGGUCCUCGCCACCCGAACCAAUCAACGGUGACGGUGUUUGGAGGCGCCGGCGCGAGGAGAGCGGCGCGGCUGCAGCCAUGCUUCGCCGCCAGGCCCGUGAGCGCCGUGAGUACUUGCAGCGCCGGGCGCAGGAGGAGCGUCUGCGGCGGCAGCAGGACAAGAAGGAGCGGCUGCGACAGGCCCUGGAUGAGAACCGACUGCUGCCUACUGAGCUGAGGCGCCAGGCGCUGGCCUUGCAGAAGGAGCUGGAGUUUGAGACGCCAGGGGAAAAUGGUGUGACGGGCAGCCAGGACGAUGAGUACCGGUGGGCAGGGCUGGAGCCGCCCAAAGUGAUGGUGACAACCUCGCGUGACCCCAGCAGCCGCCUCCGUGUCUUUGCCAAGGAGCUGUGCCUGGUGAUCCCAGGGGCUCGGCGGCUGAACAGGGGCCGGGCAGAGGUGGGGGCCCUGGUGAGUGCGUGCCGGGCGGCUGGCGUCACCGACCUGCUGGUACUGCAUGAGACCCGCGGACAGCCUGAUGGGCUGGUUCUGUGCCACCUGCCCCAUGGCCCUACAGCCCACUUCACGCUGAGCGGGGCUGUGCUGAGGCAUGAGGUGGGGGGUCUUGGUGGUGCUCCGCUAGGAGCACCGCACAUCUUGCUGCACCGACUGGACAGCGCGCUGGGACGUCGGCUGGGGACUAUCCUCAAGCACCUGUUCCCUGUCCCCCGGCCCCAGACCCGCCGCGUGGUGACUUUUGCCAAUGAAGAUGACGUCAUUCUUGUCCGGAACCACGUUUACCGGCGGCAGGGGAAGACAGUGGAACUAGAGGAGGUGGGACCCCGCUUCCAGCUACGCCCCUACCUGAUCCGCCUGGGGACCCUGGAGCAAGGGGAUGCUGCUGAUGUGGAAUGGCGUUGGCAUCCCUACACUGCCACUGCCCCCAAGCGCCAUCUGCUGAGUGCCACCUAGUGCUGUUGCCUUCCGUUGCCCUCACCACUGGCAUCCUGCUGGCCCAGAUGACAUUUUCAAUAAUAUAUUUUCUCCCACUUCUUCCACA